AUGUUCGGGCUCGCCGCCUGGCAGAUCACAGAGAGGUUUGUGGCGUAUUUCCAGUUCGACACGGUGACGAACAUGAAGGUGGAGUUCCGAGAUGUGCUGGCCUUCCCCACCGUCACCAUCUGCAACUUCAACAGGUACCGCUUCUCCAAGAUCACUGCACAGGAGCUGCAGUACGUUUCCACUCUGCUAGAGGGCUCUACAGGAUUUAGCGACUACGACUACGACGGCGACUACUACGACGACGACGACGGCGGCGCUUACCAGUACUACUACGACUGGAACAGCACCGGCAUUCCUGACGAAUUCAACCUAGCGGAGUUCACGCUAAGAGCAGGCUUCAACAUACAUACAUCGCUGAUGGACUGUCACUGGAGAGGCCAGCGGUGCUCUUCGGAUAACUUCACGCACAUUUUUACGUCUUUUGGAAACUGUUGGAUGUUCAACGGAGGUGGGACGCUAAAUCAGACCAUCUCGGGAGUGGGCAACGGCCUGCAGGUGGCCAUACAUAUCCAACAGUACACAAACGAGAUCCCUCCGUGGGGGAAAUGCGAGCCCGGGCGGACCCUGCGGCACUACUCCGGGUACACCAAGACGGGGUGCCUGCUGGAGUGCCGGGCUGAUCACGUGGCCAGCGCGUGCGGCUGUAGGACCGUGAGCAUGCCGGGAACGCUGGACUACUGUCAGCCGUCUGUCGUCACAGGGUGUGUCAAGACUACAAUAGCUGAGCUGAAGUCCGGGAAGAGGACCUGUGACUGUCCGACCCCCUGCAGCGCCACGGCCUAUCCCGCAACCGUGUCGUACGGAGGUUGGCCCAGCUCCAGCACCAAGCUCUUUUACACCGAGUUCCUCAACAUGACCGAACAGGAAAUAAAAGAUAACAUCGUGCUGCUGGAUGUUUACUACCAGCAGCUGAACCUACAGACUGUGCAGCAGAGAAGAGCCAUCAGCACAAACGCACUGCUGGGUGACCUUGGCGGCCAGCUGGGGCUGUUCCUGGGCGCGAGCGUCAUCACCAUUAUCGAGUUCCUGGAGUUCUUAGUAAAGAAGGGAACUUCGUGCUGCCGCAAAGACCGAGACAAGAAAGAUAUCAAAAAUGAAAUGGAAAAGUUAUAAAUCUGCAGCAUUUUUAGUAAUCACGCUUUCAUUUUCAUAAUUGUUUCAUGCAUUUAUACUAUAUGUACUUUGUAAGGAAUAUAAAGAGGCCAUAUACAUCAGGGCAUUCUAUCACUGAACAGAGCUAGAGACGGUGGGCGUUAUGAAUCGUUAACGAGUUCCUGCUGAAGAAGACAACCUCGUGCUGCCGCAAAGAUCGAGACAAGAAAAAUAUCAACACUAGUACUGAAAUGGAAAAGUUAUAAUAUGAGUCAAGACAAAUACCAACACUGAAGAGUUUUAAAUCUGCCUUCUAAACAUGCACGUGUCUUCUAUCAUAAGACCACUGAUCUCCGAAAGAAAUCCCCAGUUAUGUCUUUAUCGUAUCAGCUAUGGAAAUGAAGGUCUGAUUUGUAUCUUCGAAAUACCGUAUUAUCAAUUAUACCGCCAUUUACCACCAAGGAAUUGCAGCAUUUUCAUUAACCAUGGUCUCAUUUGCAAAACUGUCUAAUGCAUUUAUACUACUUUGUAACGAAUAUCAUGAUGCCGCCAUAUACAUCGGGGCAUUCCAGCCAUCACUGAACACUGAACCAUUAUCGAGUUCUUGGAGUUCCUGCUGAAGAAUGAUAGGGAACGUCUUGUUGCCGCAGCAACCCAGACAUACAAAUACCAGCACUGAAAUGGGGCGACCGCUAGGGGCGCGAUUUUAGUCAGGCUAGUCCCCUUUAACAUGUUACAUUGCACCUGCAAUUAGCUCUCGGGCAUGAAUUUGCAAUAAACUAUUCAUUUAUUUACUUUCUUUGUAAUAU